AUGCCGCCGACUUCCACAAGGUCCACGGUAGGUGGGGGCCGCCGUGUUUACCACUUGGGUAAUGCAGUCCUCUCUGUCGUUGUGUUCGUGAUCACCCUAGUGCUGUCGAUGGUCGUGCUUGACCCCGAGCGUAGCAGUCACUUGCUCUCUGCGCAGCGUCGCACCCCUCCGAUCGAUUUCGCGGACAGUGUGCUUGUCGGGGGUUUUACUCCCGUCGUGGUCGGCGUGAACAAACACACCGUGCUCGUCGUGCCAGCAGCAGCCAUCCACGGCACCAGGUACGUAUCCAGGGCCCUCGACAGUUUCUUCUCGGUCGGACUCGGCUCUGCCAGUGGUACUGGCUCCGCGGGAUAUGGUGAGGAGGCAGAAAGGCACUGGCAGGGGAUGGUCACACUGUCUGACGUAUACAGCGCCGUACUGCUGCGCAAAGGAGUGACCGAUGGGACGCAAGCGCCUGACGCGACCGCUGAGACAGUGGAGACUUCCCCUCAGUCAUCGCGCCAACCUUCCGUGUUGCACCUCUGCAGCGCCCUGUCGUGUGUGACUCCGUACGUCGCUCAGCAGUGGUCUGAUCGAGCGGCGGCGGCAUUACUCCUCACUAAGAAAACCAACGACGACGCUACCACCGUUCGCUCGCGCGCUCGUCCGGUGACUAACUUUGCUCUCGUCUUCGGCGAGGCUGGCGAGUCGCUGGCGGUGAUGCGGGAGCUCGGAGAGCACCGCGUAUUAACCGCCCAGAUCCCGGUCGCGCACUCGGAUCAUCCUCAGUCGGCCAUGCCGCUGGUCGGGAAGCUGGAGUUGGCCGAUCUGCAGGCCUCAUGCAGCCCACUCAAGCAGUGCAGCUACCGCUCCCCUGUCAAACACGCUCAACUUGCGACACUUCUAAAAGCGCAAGCACAGCACCUGCCCGAAGAGGCUUCCAGGAAACGCUUGUUCCAGGAAUGGAUGCGACGCAAUGACUCUCAAUCGGGGGCCUUGACCUGGGGUACCGUGGAUGUGCUCCCGUUCCCCUUCGUGAUUUUUGAGAAGUCGUACACGCUGCAUGACUUUCCGUUGGACUUGGUGCACGUGGACGUGGGCAGCGCUGACAGCGUGGCGGCUCUCGCGUACCUCGAGGCGCUUGCCUCUGCCACGGCGACGGCUGAAAAUCUGAGACCGAGAAACCUGCUCGUUUCGGUCUUUGCCUCAGAGUGGGUGAAUGCCGUAGUGGAGACGUUGCUGCUGCUAGAGGUGGAGCAGCGGUACAGCGCGAUUCCGCUGCACGACUCGUGCUUGGGACUCGAACGGAAUUUUACUCCUCGUCAGCGGUGGAGCCUGUCGCACAUGCGGUCGUGGAUGGGCAAGCACGCGCUAGAGGGAGCAUAUAUUAGCCCCUCUCUCGAGCGGAGUCGUGCUGCACAGAUACCCUUGUGCACUGUGUUGCUAUCACGUCAAGUGAACACUCUUGGCGAGCUCCUCCAGAUGGCAUCGAACGCAAUCGGCUCUUGUCCGCCUGCCGCCUCACCCGUGGAGCGCUUCUUUUACUAUUCCCUGGGUCUGUCGCCCGAGGACGAAGGACUCCUCACGCCGCUGCCGGAGGCGGCGUCGGGUGCCAAGACGUUUGCCAUGGCUAGCACGUCCGAUGUCGUGCGUGGGGUGAUUGGCCUUGUUGUACAGUACAUCUAUUUCUUGAUCCCGAUCGGCGUGGGGUUUUCUCUGAUGCGUAACCUCUGUCGCCGUCGUAGAGUGUGUGGAUGA